AUGACCAGCCGGAUGAUCAUCCUGGCGGGAGCUCCAGAGCCAGCGAAGCUCGACUGGAGCGAGAAAUCGCUUCUGCCGGAUUCCGCCCACGUCGAGUCUCUUCCCACCAACAAAGAUUCACCAACUCCGCAGACCCCAUUAUCACCCUCAUCCAAAGCCUUCGGUGCCCAAUGGCGACAGAUCACCACGCAGAAGCUCCAAAUGCGACCGAUCUUGCCUAAACUCAACAUUGAAGCACGCCAGACGGCGCCAGGCAGUGCAUUACCACAUCAGGGCGGCCAACAGAAUGAGCCCAGUGAGAUGGACCGCAGUGGCGUUGAAUUCUUCUCCUUCUCCGAGUUGCUUGGUGUGUCUACCCCGAGCAGCGAUAUCAGUGAAGCUCAGUCACAACCUUCAUUGUCUGGCGGUUCAUCCUCGAUUCCAGACACCACUUCCAACAGUACGGGAGCGUUCAACACUUCGGAAGGCGGGCCACUAUCCGAGUACUACGACCAUUCCUUUUCCAUCUACGAAGCCAUCCCUUCCUCACAGCUCUCGCACUUCUCCGACUCUAUUACGCCCGGCACGCCCACCUAUGAAUCGAACGAGGAGAUGUUUUCGUCACAGCAGGGCCCCGGCACGCCUGGCGGUAUCAUUAGGACGCCUUCACAGCGACGAUUAAGCCAAGCGCCACGACCGAAAACGCUGAGUGAGUUACAAGACAUUCCGAAUGCGGGGUACUUGCAGAACAUCUCCCCACAGACCAUGACAGUCAACUUGGUUGUGGGCAUCAUCUCCAUUGCGCCGCCAAGGACAGUCAUCACAGGUGCCCGAUACGGCCGACCGAAGGAGGUGGACUUGGUAGAAAUGGUGGUAGGUGACGACACGAAAUCCGGAUUCUCCAUCUCCAUGUGGUUACCGAAAGAGAUGCGGGUGAACUGGAAAGACGGAGCCAACGCGAACCCGGAAGGAAGCCGAAGCAUCCUACGUCGGAGUUUGCGGUUUAUGAAACCUCGGGAUGUGGUGUUGCUCCAGAACGUAGCGCUCAGCUCAUUCCGGGGCAAAGUGCACGGGCAAAGCCUGAAGGGCGACGUGACCAAGAUCGAUCUGUUGUUCCGCAAGAAAGUGGACGACGACGAUUUAAGUGGCAUCUACUCGGUGAGCAACCUGCGGACGGCCAACGUGGGCAAGGACCCGCAGGUGCUGAAAGUGAAGAAAGUGAGGGAUUGGAUGAUGGAGUUUGUGGGUGAACGAGAGGGAGGGGUGGGAGGUGGAUUGGGGCUGCCAGGAGGGAGGAAAGGGAGGAAGAACAAGGCUGCAUACGGCUUUACCUUCUUACCUGAUGAUACACCAUGA